AUGACAGUUAGAGACAAUCGGAUCCCGAGCUCCGACGUGGAGAAGAAGAAGAAGAUGCUGCCGCAGCAGCAGGGACCUGCGACGGAGCUCGCCUUCUCCGGAGCUGGCGCGAAGGACUGCGGACAGCCUCUCGAUCGCCGGAGAUCGCUCGGGGUGGCGAAGCCGAAGGUGUCCGCGGAAGAGGAGGCUGCGACGGACACGGAGAGCGGAGGAUCGUCGGAGGAGAUGGAGUCGCCGCGGUCUUUGGCGGGGAAGUGGAUGCGGAGGGCGGAGAAGAAGCUGGCGUGCUUGCACAGUCAGGUCCUGAGGAUCAGAGAGGAGGAUCUGCACCUCGGCGAAGAUAUUGGCGAAGGCCUCAGCUCCAAGGACAAGGUCAGCAGCAGCGCGACCGUGGCAGCAGCCUCGCGCGACGACAUCGUGGUCCUGUCGCGGUCGAUCUUGCCGUGCUCGCCUCUGAGCGGCAAGGUCAAGCCGAUCCAUUCCUUAGGCUGAAGAAACCAAGGAGCCGGUGCAGUUACGAGAUGAGAAAAGAUGGCGACGAGCUAACAACAUCGAGGAGAGCCGGAGUGUCAUGGAGCGUCCAUCUAGCUCGCCGACGUAGGAGCGCGAGACCGCUAGUGGUCAUCUUCUGGUUUGUCUCUGAGUGUAUAGGUUCGAGAGGUGUGUUAAAGAGACGAGAAGAGUUCCAAAAAAAAAAAAAAGAGGAGAAAAGGGGAAAGGGCAG